AUGGGAUCUGAUAGUAUUGAAGACCUUUUUGCCGCGCUAAAGCAGGCUGGAAGUGGCGGCGAAUUUUCAGCGAGCGGAGACUACCAAAAACAAGCAAGAACGGGAGAAAACGACUUUGAUCAGGAUAAACUAGAGUUCGACGAGGAUUCAAAGAUUUCACAGCAACAACAAACGUUUUAUGAUAUCGAGCAGAAACUACGUGGCCUGCCGCGUAUGAAAACCAACUUUGAUGCGCUUUCAGGCGCUGAGGACGCUAACAAACCCGUUCGUAAAGUAGAAGACCCAGUUUCAAUCCUACAUCUACGGAAGAAAGACGCACAGGCUAAGAAACCAUCAAGCACAGAACAGUGGUUCACCCUUCCAAAACCAGAACUCACCAGGGAAUUGAAGCGGGACUUGCUACUGAUAAAACACCGUGCUGCACUGGAUCCUAAGCGACACUACAAGAAAGACAAGUGGCAAGUACCAGAGCGAUUUUCGGUCGGGACAAUUGUGGAGGAUAAAAGCGAGUUUUACAGUAGUCGUAUGACGAAAAGAGAGCGCAAGGGCACUACUUUGGAGUCUUUGAUGGCGAGCGACGAUACAAACCGGUACUUCAAGCGCAAGUACGGUGAAGUGCAAAGCAAGAAGACCAGUGGCGCGAAGGGUCAUUAUAAAAAGGUUCGUGAAAAGCGAAAGAAGAUGUAA